AUGCACCAGUCGACCCCUUCGAAUUCGGGUUCAGGCUGUCCGAUGCACCAGCCCAACCCUGCUUCAAAUCCAUCGACUUCCGGGUGUCCAGUACAACAUGCUUCUGCACCAAAAUCUAGCGGAGGAUGUCUAGUUGAACACUCUUCGACAGGACUCAACCCUCUCAACCAGAUGCCGUCGCUACCACAGACUCCACUCGAUUCUCAUUCUCAGUCAGCUCCACUUCCGACCGAUCGGACACUCUCAUCGAUACCCCGCGGCACGGAGGACGGGAAGACGCAAACAUGGGAAUAUCCGUCUCCUCAACAAUUUUACAAUGCUCUCGUGAGGAAAGGGUGGGAGACACCUACAGAACAUGUCGAGGUGAUGGUAGACAUACAUAACUUCUUGAAUGAGCGUGCUUGGAAUGAGGUGUUGAGGUGGGAAAAGCGUGUCGCUCAGCCUGGCGACGAACAACCACACUUGGCAAGGUUCAAGGGGCGGCCGGGAGAAAUGUCGCCAAAGGCGCAGUUUUGGAUGUUCAUGGGGUGGUUGCUGCCCACAAGGUUCAAUACCGAGCCACCAUUCGAUCGACACGAUUGGGUUGUUCGUCGACCUCGGACGGGCGAAGAGGUGCGGUAUGUCAUCGACUACUAUUCUGCCCCACCUACUCCAGAUGGUGAGCCUGUAUUUGCUCUCGACGUGCGCCCUGCCCUGGACAGUUUCGAGAGCGCCCGCGAGCGCGUAUCUGUUGGGAUGAACGAUAUCUGGGAAACCAUGCGAGAGCGUGGUUGGGGGAACAACCGAAGUUAG